AUGAAACGAAGCUGCAACAGAAAAAAUGCAUGUUUAAAUGACAACCAAACAGAUCCACUUGAUACAUUAAACUGUGUACAUUCUCAGUCAAUAACAUGUUCAUUCAACAUGAAGCCUCGAGCUUCACAAACAACCACUUAUAACACUCAACGGCUUAGACAAGAAAGUAAGGCCAGGAUUGUUUCUACAAAUAAACGACGGCACUCUCUCGCAACGACAGAUGCUCAACGGAAUUCAAGCGCAGCCUGUCAAACCAAAGAAAUGAAAUCAAUCCUGAGAAAUGCAGUUUUGUCAAGAAGAAGCAGCCUUGAGAACGUUGAAAUUACCCAUUUCUCAAAACAUGAUUAUAUGACCGCAGCAGUAACUGAAUCACAACCACCUCAUAAUUUUAUUAACGAAGGGGUCGAGCAGGCAAAAAGCUUUGUCUUCGACGAUUUUAACUUCGAUCAAGCUUUGAGAGAAAAAGACCUUCUUAGAAAAUGUCUCUAUCGAUUGCCAGCGGAAUCUCUGUCCUCAAUUCAAGGGAGUCCGAAGAAGGUGACUUUCAAGAACGACGUUGAACACAUUGCAAAUGUGGUCACAUAG